UCUUUCACCACAACAAUUGGCCAACCACUUUCACAACGGAUCUUUUGACCAUGCUUCUUACUGCUUUCUCUGUCUAUCGACGGACCAACUGUGCAUACCUUUGACAGCUCAUGGUCCGCGCGUCUGUCCCCGGUUAAGCGCCACCCACGACUGUCUUCCUCCUGCUCGCCAUCCGGCGCGACUCUGGGGCGUGGUUGGCUCGCAGGCUCAACUUGCCCGCUCCCUCUCAAGUGCCAACUUCAACGCACUCACAACUCUCAAAAGAUGAACUCCGACAACAACCCCGACUCCUCUAUCACAGCCAAACGACGUCGAGCAACAUUGACAAAGAACCCUCCACCGUCAGCGUUCCCCUCCAAGCAACCUUCACUCCGUAACGCACAGUCGUCGGCCGCCCUCCAACGAGCCCCGUCAGCGCCCACUGCAUAUCAGACCGCAGCCUCACAGUCCGCUCGCGACUUCCACAACCGAUCACAAUCUACUGCGUACGGAUCCUCCUCUUCAUCGCUCGAACACAUCAGCGCAAGUCCUUCGCCCAUCAUUCCCCACAACGACUUCUUCUCUCCAUCAAGUGACAGAUACCUGCCCCCGCAGCAGUACCCUCCGAGUCCGCAAACCUCAGAUGACCGUCACCACGAUCUCAUAGGCGCCCCCUUCGACGCCAGCGGUCUUCUUUCAUCAUUGCAAGCCACUGGCAUAAACAGAGACCAAAAUGCUGUGAUGCAGUCCUCACAACUUCCGCAAUUGACUCGCAACCAUACUAGUCCCGACUCGCGCUUCCCCAUGGAAGGCAGUAUGCGCUCGUAUGGAUCUGGGAUUGGUAUGAUGGAGGUCACUCCGCCAAAGUCAGAAAAUGGCACCUUAAGUCCCAAGCGCUUCUCUGGUGACAGCCAGAAGCCAUCGGGACCAUUUCGCAAGAAGAGCGGCUUUUCAAGCUUCAUGAACAACAUGCUAGGGUCUCCAAGAACGAUCAAGAUUUCGGCGCCCGAAAAUCCCAUGCACAUGAUUCAUGUGGGAUACGACAACCAGACUGGGCAGUUUACGGGACUUCCUGCAGAUUGGCAGAGAAUACUGGCAGACAGCGGUAUCUCCAAAAAUGAGCAAGAUCAGAAUCCGCAGAUGAUGAUGAACAUCGUCGAAACAUACAAGACCAAUUUUGGGGGAACUGAUGAGGCAGUUUGGGAAAAGUUCGACCAUGCCAAAUUGUCCGACUCACCUCAGAGUAGUGCGAGCAGCUAUCACAGCCCGACGCCGACAGUAGGUUCACCGAACCUCGGUGUCAACCCAGCCGCAUACUCGCCAAUUGCUGGUGUCCUGUCUCCACCUGCAAGCCCCCGAUUUCCUCAGAAUCACGAAGGCAGCUUCGAAAACCCUAGAGCUGCACCGCCCAUACCACGAGGCCUAGUCGGCAGUCCAGUUGGAUUCAAACCCGGCCAAUCUCCCACUCUCAUGAUGCCGAAUCGGCCAGCGCCGAAGCCGCCUCAAUCUAAUGUACGUGAUCUUGCCCCAGCUCGGGCUGCGCCGCCUCCUCCUUUCAAGCAUGAUCUGCCACAGCGGCCUGUUGCAGAGUCGCCAUUACCGCAAACCCCUGCAGAGAAACAAUUAUCUGCAUCACCAUACAUUCCUCAGGGCGAAGCACUAAGUCGUACUGAAUCUCGAACGACUGGUGCCACUCCCCCUCGACCUCAGCAGACGGUUCAGUCUGCGACUCAAUAUCAGCAACAGCAAGAGCAUGCGAUGGCAUUAGCACAAGAGGCUAUACAGAGUAAGCAGCUUGAUCGGAGUCGAAGCCAGCGUCAAAUCGCUCAAGGAGCGCCAGAGGUUCCACCCAAGAUUCUUCCUCAGAAGAUUAGCCCCCAUAUCCCUCAGACUCAAUUUGCUGAAGCGGCAGACUCACCUGAUCUGCAAGGACAGCCACAGUUGGCUAAGGUUGGACCUGUACCUGGUCCCAGGCCCCGAGCAAAGCGACAGCAAAGCAACAUUAUUGAUGUUACGGCUCGACUGAAAGCCAUCUGCAGUCCAGGUAACCCAACAACAAAGUACAAUAACCUCAACAAGAUCGGCCAAGGUGCUUCUGGAGGCGUAUACACCGCAUAUGAGGUCGGGACUAGGAGGUGUGUCGCAAUCAAGCAGAUGAACCUAGAACAGCAACCGAAGAAGGACCUCAUCAUCAACGAGAUCAUCGUUAUGAAAGACAGCAAGCACAAGAACAUUGUCAACUUCAUUGAUAGUUACUUGCAUGAUGGCGACCUUUGGGUCGUGAUGGAGUACAUGCAGGGCGGGUCCCUUACUGAUGUGGUGACUUUCAAUGUCAUGAGUGAAGCCCAAAUUGCAGCCGUCUGCAGAGAGACAUUAUACGGAUUGCAACACUUGCAUUCGAAGAACGUCAUUCAUCGUGACAUCAAAUCCGACAACAUCCUGCUGUCUGAAAGAGGAGACAUCAAGCUUACGGAUUUCGGAUUCUGCGCUCAAAUCAAUGAUAGCCAGAAUAAACGGACGACUAUGGUCGGCACUCCAUAUUGGAUGGCUCCAGAAGUGGUCACUCGCAAAGAAUACGGUCGAAAGGUUGAUAUUUGGAGCUUGGGUAUCAUGGCCAUCGAAAUGAUUGAGGGAGAGCCACCUUAUCUGACAGAAUCGCCCCUGAGAGCCUUGUAUCUGAUCGCCAAAUACGGCACACCACGCAUCAAGGACGAGCAAGCGCUCUCACCUAUCUUCCGCGACUUCCUCCAUUUCGCGUUGAAGGUGGAGCCGGAGAAGCGAGCAAGUGCUCAUGAUUUGCUCCACCAUCCUUUCAUGCAUAAUUGUGCCCAGCUUACCAGUCUCGCUCCUCUUGUGCGUUCAGCUCGAGAAAGCAGGGCUGCAGAAAAGGCCCACAGAGGCAACUAGGAGUCGUCUCACGGUCGUCUGAUGUACAACUAAUGCCAAAAAUACGCCUGGCGCACUAUAGGCACGAUUCAAACCGAUAUAGGUUUGGCCUACACAAUAACACUCUCCGAAGUCCACCUGUGUGCCACGAAAGCAUCUCAUAUGCAUCGGCACACCCGAAAACACUUCGGAAUUGAAAGGAGCCUAUUACACAAUCAGGCUCUAGCAUGGACGGCUACACGUGUUAUGUGACAAUGAUGGCACGAUUGUUUUCUUAUGGAUACUCGUCCUUCUCGUU